CAGUGGUUGCCUUCGAGUGGUAGAGGCAUGUGGGCACAUUCUCUGACAGUACAGGAUUAUCAAGACCUUAUAGAUCGAGGAUGGCGAAGAAGCGGGAAGUAUGUGUAUAAACCUGUCAUGAAUCAGACAUGCUGUCCUCAGUAUACAAUAAGGUGCCGACCUUUACAGUUCCAGCCAUCAAAAUCUCACAAGAAAGUUUUGAAAAAAAUGUUGAAAUUUCUGGCUAAAGGGGAGAUUUCCAAAGGAAAUUGUGGGGAUGAGCCCAUGGAUUCCACGGUGGAGGAUGCUGUUGCAGGUGACUUUGCAUUAAUAAAUAAAUUGGAUAUAAAGUGUGAUCUUAAAACUCUCAGUGAUGACCUCAAAGAGAGCUUAGAGAAUGAAGAGAUGAAGAAAGAAAAACUCUCAAAGAAGGAAGAAUCAAAUGAAUCAAUUCAUUCACAAGCUAUAGAAGAGAAGUUGGGCUCUGGUGAACCAUCACAUUCAGUUAAAGUUCAUACUGUUCCUAAGCCAGGCAAAGGGGCUGAUUUGAGUAAGCCUCCAUGUCGAAAAGCAAAGGAAAUCCGGAAAGAGAGAAAAAGGUUAAAACUCAUGCAGCAAAAUCCAGCUGGAGAACAUGAGGGUUUCCAGGCUCAAGGUCAGCCACCAUCUUUGUUUCCACCAAAGGCUAAAUCCAACCAGCCCAAAUCACUUGAAGAUUUAAUUUUUGAAUCUUUGCCAGAGAAUGCGUCACACAAGUUAGAGGUGAGGGUGGUGAGAUCAUCUCCACCAAGUUCUCAGUUCAAAGCCACAUUUCAGGAGUCUUACCAGGUCUAUAAACGAUACCAGAUGGUUAUUCACAAGGACCCACCUGACAAACCAACUGUGAGCCAGGUGAGGUUAGUACCUGUCUCCUUUGAGGACCCAGAGUUCAAGUCGUCCUUCAGCCAGUCCUUUUCUUUAUAUGUCAAGUAUCAAAUGGCCAUACACCAGGAUCCGCCUGAUGAAUGUGGAAAGACUGAGUUCACAAGAUUCCUUUGCAGUUCACCGUUGGAGGCAGAGUAUCCCCCUAAUGGACCAGAGUGUGGUUAUGGCUCCUUUCACCAGCAGUACUGGCUUGAUGGGAAGAUCAUUGCUGUGGGGGUGAUUGACAUCCUUCCAUACUGUGUUUCAUCUGUGUAUUUGUACUAUGAUCCUGAUUAUUCAUUUCUGUCACUGGGUGUCUACUCUGCUUUAAGAGAAAUUGCUUUUACAAGGCAACUUCAGGAGAAAACAUCUCAACUGCGCUACUACUAUAUGGGUUUUUACAUACAUUCAUGUCCCAAGAUGAAAUAUAAGUGGAUGAGGGUCGCAGCAAGGAGCCCGACCGACUGCAGGUGUUCCACAAGAAAGCCAUCAUGCCUUACGGUGUCUACAAGAAAAGCCAGAAGGACCCCAGCGAGGAGGCCUCGGUGCUGCAGUACGCGAGCCUGGUGGGGCAGGCGUGCGCCGAGAGGAUGCUCCUGUUCCGAAGCUGAGGGCCGCACACCUGCCUGGGUGCCUGCGCUGCGGGACACACUGCUGUCGUCCGGAACCAGACUUUCCCAUUCUGUCUAUCCUUGUGGCUUUUCUAAAAUAUUUUGUGGCAAUGUAUUUGUGAGAAUCUCAUAGUUAAUAUAAAUAUUUUGAACAUAAGUUAUGACCUAGCCUCAUAAUUGGGGUUUUUCAUUUUGUAAGUUUGUUUCUUGAGCAAAAUAUGCUCAACUUCUGUAAUUAACAUUGUGGGACGUGAUUCAGUCACCGUUGUGCCGUUUGUGUUCGGAUAGAGAAAUUCCAACUUCUCUUUCCUCGGAUCCAGUGGCAUUUAUGAUGGGGGAGCCUUAAGUGCGGGAGGAAGGUGGAAAAUGUUUCCUCUCUGGAGAAUAGAACGUGCUGCCACUCCGUGUUCAGUGUCCAUGACUGCCAGCCUCUACUUGUGGGGCCUAGCAGAAGCUGAAAGGGGAAACGCAGACCUGUGCGAGAUCUCAUGUCCUAGUUGGUCCUGUUCGUCUGUCAUCUUGGCAUAAUUUUUUCCCUAGAAUAAUUGUACUAGUUCUCUUUUACUCUCAGAAGUUUGAACAAUAAAAUAUGUAAUUACCUUAGUGAUAUAUUAUUUGCUUUAUUUCUAAAAAUCUAAGAAACAGAGUAUUUAAAGAACUUUAAUUCCUGCCUUGAUUCUAAGCCUCAUCCAAAGAAAAUAGGCACUAAUUUUCCAUCCUUAGAACUCAGGACACUUGUCUUUGGUAAUUGAUGACUGGUUAAUAUCUGAUGGCUUUCAUAGCUAUUCCACAGAUCACUCUUAAUCACCAGGAGUCACUCUGACCUCUUUGCUCCUUUUCUGGCCCUUUGAUUGCGAAUGGAGAAUGGGUACUGCCCUUGGUACUUCAGAGCAGAGGGAAGCCCCUCUUUCCCUCUCACUCUUGUUGAGCCUCCACCCAUUCAGCAGAUGCCUGCUGUACAGGUGGUGGGCACUGGGCUGGGCACAGGAGAAGAAUGGAGGUAGUUCCCUGAAACAGGGCGGACAGGGAGGGCUGUUUCCUGGACAUUCUCUCAGCUGGGCCCCUCUUUUGCCACCCAACCUUUUUCAGUCCCCAUUUUGUCCAUUUUUCUGUUUUCUAUUGAUUGAUCUUUUAAAAAGCCAUGCAAUAAAAUUUAGUAGCUUGAAUCUCAUUACUGAUUUUAAAUUUUUCUCCCAAGAUGCACUGAAUUUCAACAAAACCUUGAACAGUAACCUUCAGGUAGUUAGAAUAAAAAGAUCAUAAAACAAGGGUUUUAAAAAUCAAAUGUCUACAAAUUCAGUAUCCAUGUAAACUGUACGUGUGUGUGUGUGUGUGUGUGUGUGUGAGAAAGAGAUCAAACUGCUGUUUCUUGGGUCCCUUGCUAACUGGAGAUGGUGGACUGAAGAAAGCCAUUUUCUCUGAUCACAAAAAUUCUACCUUCUUCUGAAAAUUUGAUCCACAAAAUAGCUUCCAAAAGCAUUUUAGAGACUGGGGUGGAACUACAUUCAGAAUUAGUAGAACUUUUUUUCUUUUUCCUCUAAAAUGAAGAUAUCUUUACUAUAUGGAUUUCUUUAAAAUAGAAAUGAUACUAUAAGCAAUUAAAAUAUUGAGAAAAGAAAGAAAGUAAAAGUAAUCUAAAAUUCUGCCAUACCCAGAGAAAGAAAAAGAAGUCUGCUGUACACACAUACAUACCUAUUUAUAUAAAUAAAAUUAUGGUCUACAUGCAGUUUCGGUUCAAGAGUAAUAAUUUAGGGAUAUGUCUGAAAUGUGAGAGAAAUUUCCAGAUCAGAUUGCACCCUGCCUGCCUGGUGUUCUAGGUUAGCUUCAGAGAGACAUAGGGUUAAAAAUGCUUCCACUUGGUUGCUGCAUCCAUGAGUGUGUGUUUUGAGAGAGGAGAAUGUGCUCGACCCAGGAGUCCUGCAGUCUCCAAGGCACAGGCUGGUUGGUUGAAGCCUCACUAAGCAAAUGGUGGUGGUGGGCUAGGAAAGGACCGUUGAGGGAAGUGACCCUGCCAUGUCAGUUGAGGAGCAGCCCAGAGGCCUGCUUUUAUGUUGAUGGCUUUCAUCUAAAGGAAGACACAGGUGAACCUUGCCAAAAUAGUGGGUAUCAUUUACAGUCAUAGUGUAUUAGUGUCCCGAUUUCAGAUAAAUUCACACUUGCCUCCCUGCCUUGGGAGCAGAGUUACAGUUUCAAUUCCCCAUGCCACUAGCAUUAUUGAAAAUAUUUCAGUUCUAUGAGAUUUUCAUUUUCUUGUUAAAUGUAAUCUGAGCACUUUUUGUAUUCUAAAGGUAGCAAUUGUUAUCAGAUGCAUAUAUUAUUCAUUUGAUUGAAUUUAUUUAGGAAAGAAAUUAUUACUGUUUAUGUUUUCUAGCUUAUCAUACUUUUCAUCCGUUUUGCAAUUAAUAAUUUCAUUUGACUUCUUAAUAUAUCAGAGCCUAUUAUGCAAAAGAACCUUUCCAUAUUUCUGAACAAUAAAUGGUUUGAUUUUUUUAGACAUUGUAUUAUUUCAAUAUGAAUAAAAGAGAAUAUGAACAGUUAACUAAAAUGUAUCUAUUGUUGCUAAGUUAAAAAGGAAAGAAAUGAAGUGGAAACAGUUGGGAAAUAUUUGAAUUACAAGUUAUUCAAAUGAGUGUUCUUUUCCUACAGAAAACCAGUGACUGUAAGGCAAAACAAUUUUGAUUGCAUGUGAAAUCUUUGCUCAUGUAUAUGCUUUUUGAACAAUCCAUUUGAUAAAGCUUGAGUGGAAAAAAUAAAGCUGUUUCUAUGUGCA